AUGUCACAUCGCUGGACAUUGUAUGGUUUAGACAAACUAAUUGAUAUUGAGCAAUUGGAUUUACCGGAACUUGAAGAACAGUUGGAUGAUGUGGUGAUAUGUACUUACAACGAUACCAUUGACCGUACUGGCCAUGAAAUAAAUCAACAACCGACACAAAAUAGAGAAAUUGAUGAGACGUUUAAUUCAAUUAAAUUAGAAGGUACUGACUGGCAAGUGCUGAUUGUGGUGCCAAAUGUGGAUAUUCAAGAUAAUAGCACCCGAUGUAGUGUGAUGAGUGGAAAUUUCAAUAAAGAAGACAUUCAAACACAAUUUUUCAAAUAUUUUAAAGAUAUAUUUGGUGUAGUGGUAUGGCCAUUAAUGUUUGAUAUAGAUUCUAUGGUUAGCAUAUUAGAUUCAGUGGUGAAUAAAACACGUUGGUAUGAUACGGUUGUAUAUUUUGAGAAUUCGCGACAAAACAAGAAUGAUUCUGAUGAUGAGAGGCGAUUAGCACAAUGGACUAUUAACAUAAGUCGAUAUGAUUGUGAGACAUUAGUUGGAACUCAUUCAGAUGGUAAACCGUAUCGUAGAGUAAUUUUCCCAUAUAUUGAAACUCAAACUGGUUUUUCAUUAAGUCAAUUACCAAUUAAAUUCAUUUCAUUAAGAAAUUUACUGAGAAUUUCAAGAAAUGGAAUACGAACUGUAAGACCUUCCAUGGAAUCCAGUAUAUUAAUAUCUCAAUUACCAUAUAUUUCAAAGUUAAUAAAGAAGUAG